AUGCCAAUUCUCGGUUUGACGAUCACGUUGUACAACGGUUUGCAGAUCCUUGCGAUAUCUGCCUUCGUCUACGUUCUCUAUCGCUUUUCUGCCUCAUAUCUCAAAUUCAGCAGAUCACCACUGCGCGAUCUCCCUGGCCCACCUUCCCUAUCCUUUUUGCGUGGAAGCUUCGCAGACACGUCAGAGGGAAAUGCGUAUCGCAUGAUGGAACAAUGGGCGAGAGAAUACAGCAACACUUUCGUCUUUCGGUCGCUAUUGAGCGUGAGUACGCUCUGUCUUCGGAUUGCACGCGUGAUUUGCUGUGGUACUCAGUUCAGCUCACUUCACAGACACCGAAAGUUAUUGCGUCUGAUGAACCCCGCUUUCGGCCCUGCUCAAGUACGACUGCUCUCGGAAGUCUUCUUGCAGAAGUCACUCGAGAUGAGAGAUGUUCUCACUAAUAAACUUCAAGCAACUUCUCGCAAAGAUGGAAAACUAGAAGUAGACAUCUUCAAGUGGUUGAACAAGGUCACGCUCGAUAUCAUCGGCCUCGCCGGCUUCGAAUACGCUUUUGACGCCCUCUCGAAUGACUCAGAUGAGGAGACUAACGAGCUCUACGAAGCCAUUCGCUCGGUGCAAAAAUUCAACCCAUUUCAGCCUUCUUUCGCAAUCCAACUAUUCUUCCCUAUUACGCGUAUUAUCCCCACCGCACGUUCCCGAAUCUCUGCAGCCUCGCUCAAGACCAUGCGCCGUAUCGGCUCGAAACUCAUCGCAUCGAAGAAGGCCGAGGUUCUCGGAUCCGCCGGUAUCCCUCAUAUCAACCCUGAUGUUGAUGCGAAGGUCGGAAAACAAGACGUGAAAGGGAGGGAUUUACUGAGUUUACUGAUCAAGAGUAAUAUGGCGGGAGAUCUGGCGGAAGGAGAGAGGAUGACGGAGGAAGAAAUCUUGGCACCUACCAUACUAGUCGCCGGUCACGAAACCACAAGUACUGCCCUCACAUGGACUAUCUUCGCACUAUCCGUUCAAUCUCACAUUCAAACCAAGCUCCGCUCCGAGAUCAUGCAACGCCCAGCAGACUCUCCGACAAUGGACGAGAUAAACUCCCUACCCUACCUCGACGGUGUCAUCCGAGAGGUCAUGCGCUUGCACGCACCGGUGGCGCAAUCGGAGAGGAUUGCUGUGAGGGAUUGUGUGGUUCCUUUGGGCGGCAGUGGAUCCAGGGAUAAGAACGGUGUUGUGAUGGAUCAUCUGAGGUUGCGAGAAGGUGACAUCGUCAAGCUUCCAAUACGUGCUAUCAACAGGUCGAAGGAGAUCUGGGGUGAAGAUGCUGAAGAGUUCAAGCCUGAGCGAUGGCUGAAUGACAACAAAUCCAAGACAGAAGCUCAAGUCCACUCUGUACCCGGAGUCUGGAGCAAUCUUAUGUCAUUCCUCAGCGGCCCACACGCCUGCAUCGGGUACCGAUUCUCCAUCGUUGAAAUGAAGUAUCUUCUGUUUACCAUGAUUCGUUCUUUCGAGUUUGAACUUGCGAUUUCUCCGGAGGAUAUAGGGAGGAAGACGAGCGUAGUGGGGCGGCCUUUCAUCGCAAGCAACCCUGCGGCGGGGACGCAGCUUCCGGUAUUGAUACGUGCAAUAUCUGAGACCAUAAUGUCGUGA